AUGUGCUUCCUCACCCGUGGGCUGGCACUGCUGCUGGCUGUGCUGCUGUGGGCACCGUGGUGGGCGCUGCACGGGGCACCGCUGACCGAGCUCUCAGGGGACCAGGACUUCCAGCUCUUCCUGCAGAGGAACCUCGAGUUCACCCGCAAGAUCCGCGGGGACGUGGCUGCGCUGCAGCGCCUGGUGUGUGACACCCUCCAGCUGUGCAAGGAAGAGGAGCUGCUGCUGGUGCGGCAGGACCUGGAGGUCGCGCAGGCGCCGCUGGAGCAGUGCCACAAACGCACCUUCCAGGCAGAGACCUGCUUCAGCCAGAUCCGUGCCGGCCUCCGCGUCUACCACGGCUCUCUGGCCACCAUCCGUGCCCUGCUGCCCGGGCACGCUGGGCUGGUGGACACCCUGCAGCUGGACAUGGCCAACCUGUCCUCCAACAUCCAGCAGCAGAUGGAGGACCUGGGCCUGGCCACGGUGACGUACCCCACAGAGAACCAGGACCCCGUGCCCACCUUCUCCUCCCAAUUCCACCACCAAGUCGGCGGCUUCUUCAUCCUGGCCAACUUCCAGCGGUUCCUGGAGACGGCGUACCGGGCACUGCGGCACCUCGCCAGCCUCUGA